AGUAAGAGAGCAUCCAUGAUGGGCUAGCCGUGAGGGAGAACAAGGAUAAUUCCAGAUCUCUGCGGGUUUCCGCUUCCCUCCAGGGCGGUGGGUGAGGCAGUGAGGCCGAAGCUCGACCAGAUAGCGCCGCUAUGUGGCCCCCGGACGCAGAGCCAGAGCCCGAUCCGGAGUCCGCGCAUGGCCCCCGAAGUGGCAGGACAGUGCCCGGGCUCCGAGCCCUGUUGCCCGCGCGCGCCUUCCUCUGCUCUCUCAAAGGCCGCCUCCUGCUGGCCGAGUCGGGUCUUUCGUUCAUUACCUUCAUCUGCUAUGUGGUGUCCUCGGCAUCUGCCUUCCUCACAGUGCCGCUGCUGGAGUUUCUGUUGGCCGUUUACUUCCUCUUUGCUGACGCCAUGCAGCUGAAUGACAAAUGGCAGGGUUUGUGCUGGCCCAUGAUGGACUUCCUGCGCUGUGUCACCGCUGCCCUCAUCUACUUCGUCAUCUCCAUCACUGCUGUCGCCAAAUACUCAGAUGGGGCUUACAAAGCAGCUGGAGUUUUUGGCUUUUUUGCCACAAUUGUGUUCGCAAUUGACUUCUACCUGAUCUUUAAUGAAGUGGCCAAAUUCCUCAAGCAAGGAGACUCUGGGAACGAGACCACAGCCCAUAGGACAGAAGAAGAGAACUCCAACUCAGACUCCGACUCUGACUGAAGGUCUGUCUGCGCUUAACAACUAGAGCCACUCGGCCCUCUCACCCACGCCAUCCUGACGGGGCUCCUGGAGCAUGGCGGGAAUGCCCAUGGGAGAACAGACUGAGGAGCCAGUCUCUCGAGAUUACACUUCCGAGGCCUCACAUUCAAAAUUGACUGUGUUGGCUUGGUACUGCUGAGCUAGCGCUGUAGGGCACGAUGACUCUCCUUCCUUCUCCUCUUUCUGUCCUUGAGCCCCUUUAACCUCACUGCCCCCACAGAAGCACACAUCAAACGGAGCCAAUCACUACAGUUCGUGUGGCAGCAUGGGGUGGGGUGGGACUUCCUUUUACUAACAGGGACAGAUAAGACCCCAGCAGGCUAGGCCACCAGCCCCAAACCUGCACUUCGCUGAGAUGACUUCCAGGAACCUUUUGUUCACGAAGUUUCCCUCCUCACUGUGAAACAAGGAGAAACCUAGCUAGCCAAGUCUUCCACUAGAGGUCUGAGGCCUUUUCAGAAACAAACCCAAAGAUUUGUUUACUAGGGCCCACAGACAGGGAGCCAACCAGUAGCGUGGCAGUGACCAAGUCACAGGUGGCUGGGCAGGCCCAGCCAAGCACUCUCUUCCUGGGGAUCCUAAAAGACAAAGUGCUUCCUCUGGACACCUGGGCAGGACCACUGGUGACAUGGACCUUCUCUGUAUUCCCUUGGGGGCCGAUACUGUGUAUGUGUCUUUGAUGGUGUUUUCUAACUUUUUUAUAUUUUUUUUUUAUAUAAAAACAAUGUAACAAAUGGUCUUUUCUGUAACCCAAGAGGCCCCAUGAAUGAGCCAGAGUUCUGGGCCCAUGUCUUGGGCAUUUGUAACCUUCUUAUCUUGCAUGUGAAUUCCCUCCCUUAAAAAAAAAAAAAAAGUCACAAUGGAUUAAAACAAACUGACUACA